CACUUCCGACAGUACGUGAAGGCAGCAUCGCAGCUACAGAUCAUUCUGUCGUGUCUCCUCAGUAACAGCAGCAGCAGACUAGCAGCAGCAGCAGACUAGCAGCUUGAACGUUACUAAUCUGCGGAGAAACUGAUGAUACACGCUUUGUCUGAGCAUCAACCCACUUCAAGAAAAUGAUUCCCGAGUUGUCCAACCCCUCAGUAUGUAUGAGGGACCCUCAGAGGGUACAAGAGAUCCUACAGUCCAUGGUGAAGGCUGGCUCCAACACCCUGCAGGUGAUCUCAGAUUUUGACAUGACCCUGACAAAAUUUGCACAUAAUGGCAAAAGGUGCCCUACAUGUCACAAUAUCCUUGACAACAGCAAACUCAUCUCCAGUGACUGCAAAGAAGAGCUGAAGGAGCUGCUCGACACAUACUACCCUAUAGAGAUCGACUCUUCGCGGUCAGUAGCAGAAAAGCUGCCCCUAAUGGUGGAGUGGUGGACUAAAGCUCAUGAACUAAUGGUACAGCAGCAGAUUAGGAAAGACCUGCUGGCCGUGGCGGUGCGGGAGUCUGAUGCCAUGCUGAGGGAGGGCUACGAGCUCCUCUUUAACCACCUGUAUGAGCACAGCAUCCCUCUGCUCAUCUUCUCUGCUGGAAUAGGAGACAUCCUGGAAGAGGUUAUUCGCCAGGCCAAAGUCUUCCACCCAAACGUCAAAGUCUUCUCCAACUACAUGGACUUUGAUGAGUCUGGAGUGUUGAAGGCUUUCAAGGGAGAACUGAUCCACAUCUACAAUAAAAGGGAAGGCGCGCUGCUCAACACCGGCCACUUCCAGGAGCUGCGGACGCGGCCCAACGUGCUACUGCUGGGAGAUUCUCUGGGAGAUCUGACCAUGGCUGAUGGGGUGCAGGACAUGGAAAACAUCCUCAAGAUCGGGUUCCUCAACGACAAGGUGGAGGAGAGGAAGCAGUCUUACUUGGACUCAUAUGACAUUGUGUUGUUAAAAGAUGAGACCUUGGAAGUCCCCAACGCUAUAAUGCUCUACCUUACUGGCAACAAGUGAGUUGAGAAUACCACUGACCAUUUUGUAUUGAACACUCCGAUGCCAUCAGCUGAGGAAGCUCCCGCUCAGUAAGCGCCAGUUGAAGGCUUAUUUACAACCAACUAAGAAUAUUUCUUUUUAUUUUAUAAAACUAUUCACAAGUUCAGUCGACAGCCACAGUUAACUUACACUACAUCUUCCUUUUAUAUUUGUGUCCAUUGGCCUUCCUCUCAUGUUAAUGGUUAAACUGCUUUUGGACCAUACUGUAGAUUCGCACCAUCUACCUACUUUUCAGCAUGUGUGUGGUUAUGGGUGUUUUGGGGUUUUAGUUUGUUUGGGGAAGAGAUAAUGUUGGUAUUGUCAGACAGUUUUGGUUUUCAUAUAGGAUGUAAUGAUAAAGGGAAAGAAAAACGCACAACAUAAAUGGCAGCACUUGACAUCUGGUUUAAAACUGAGUUCUAGCUGAUUUUAACUUGACGUUUUUAAGAAGUUAAACGUUUUUUUUACAAUGUCAAGUCUUCAAGUUUCUGGUAGUAUUGUUAAAUAAUAAGUACAGGUUGUAUUUAUUGUUACUUGUUGGUAAACUUUGACAACUAUACCUGACUUUUAGGGUAAAACAAAUACAUAGCUCUUUUUUAAAAUAUGGCAGAGGUCACUGAGGUCAAAUUAUUUGUAAGAACUAACUGCUACCUCAGAAGUGUUAAAAUAUUACAAACUAACACAGGACUUUCAGAAUUUUUUUAGUAUUUUACAUAGUAAAAUCAAGUCAUUUUAACUAUAGUUUUGAAAACAAUUGAUUCAAAAGUUUCUUAAAACGUAACUACAAGUCAAUAACACAAUAUCCAAAAAUGAAAUAGAUUUUUUUUUGGCAUUUUUGGACAUUUUGCCACGUACAGUCAGUCAUGUCUUCUUUUGUCCAAACUCAUUACCUCUUCAUAUGUUCCAACUUGUCUAAAAUAAAAUGUGGUUCCACCCGG